UCCGCACAUGCGCACUGAGUGGGAAGGUUUAAUGAACAGCGAGCUGAAAGGUAGGAAAAAAAAAGAAGGAAAUUGACCAGAGAAAGUGAAGAUAGUAUGUAUAAGCCUUCCUAAAUCGACUCAAAUUAAAGGUAGAUUAAGUGGAAGGAUCAGAGAGCAGCAGGACAGACGGUUUUUAACCAAGAGGUGUCUCAGAUACGGAGCUGCUGUCCGAGUCAUCUUUUUCUGCCGUAGUACAGGAAGGACGAGUCCACUCACCAACAAAACACGUCUACAGUGAAAAAUGAAUCCUGAAUAUGACUAUUUGUUCAAGCUGCUUCUUAUUGGAGACUCUGGUGUAGGAAAGUCUUGUCUUCUUCUACGCUUUGCAGACGACACCUACACAGAGAGCUACAUCAGCACCAUUGGAGUGGACUUUAAGAUUCGGACCAUUGAACUGGACGGCAAGACCAUCAAACUGCAGAUUUGGGACACUGCAGGUCAGGAGAGGUUUCGUACCAUCACCUCCAGCUACUAUCGUGGAGCCCAUGGCAUUAUAGUUGUUUAUGAUGUGACUGAUCAGGAGUCUUAUAACAAUGUCAAACAGUGGCUUCAGGAGAUUGACCGUUACGCUAGUGAAAAUGUCAACAAGCUUCUGGUGGGCAACAAGUGUGACUUAACAACAAAGAAAGUAGUGGAUUACACAACAGCCAAGGAGUUUGCUGAUUCUCUGGCCAUCCCUUUCUUGGAGACGAGUGCCAAGAAUGCCACCAAUGUAGAACAGUCCUUCAUGACCAUGGCAGCUGAGAUCAAGAAGCGCAUGGGGCCGGGGGCCACAGCCAGCGGGGACAAGCCCAACCUAAAGAUUGAGAGCACCCCUGUCAGGCAGUCUGGAGGAGGCUGCUGUUAAAGGACCACCUGCUUCCCAUCUCCUCUGAAACUGCCCUUUAUAACCUCCUUUGUUCUUUCAGCACCUUUCAUCCCUCUGUCUUUAACCCCUCCACUUAUUACUCAUUUGCAGCACUGAGAGCCUUGUUCAUCGCACCWGGGCAUCAGAGAAGGCUGGACAGACAGAAGUAGAAUUUAAAGACUGAUCAGGCUGUAAUGAUGUUUAGGGUUCAUUUGUAAAUCUGCCAAAACAGAGAAGGCCAUGUCUGAAGGCUGCAGCUGACCUGUUAGUGCAAAUUAACAAAAAUGUUUCUAAUUGAAAUGUCACUAAACUUUUAAAGUUUGUGCAGCCAYAKUUUUGAUUUUAAAGAUCACAACCGCUAAUUUGGAAGAUGUUGAAAACUUAAGCGGCAGGACUGCACCCCUCAGACUCRCAUAAGGAAACAGAAAACAUUUAGCAGACUCCCUCGUGCUGUUCAGYCCCAGCACUGUGAAGUUGUGCUGUUUGCAGGAAGCUUAGUGUUGAUGURAAGAGGRUUGGAGGCAGGUUAUUCCCACACAAACACAUCUUUUCUCUACUUGUUUGUCUUUGUUCAGCUCACCUCAUCAGYCACACACUGUCCUCUUCAGUCCACUGUCACUCCCUGGAGCUGCUGGCUCUCAGUCCCCUCCUGGUGUAUCAGAGCUAACCAGGCCAGUCCCUGUUAAGUCCCUGUCAGCUGCACUCUUUUCACUUCAGCCUGCGUUCAGAUCACACAGUGAAAAUUGAGCCUCUAAUGUCUGCUGACAUUAGAAGAGCUUGAAGUGGCAGCUCAGAGAGCUCAGCUGGUUCCUCACAGAGAACCUCACCUCUGUACUCUUCAAACCACCACUCUUACUGGAUGAGGCUCUGUGUCUUGCAUUUGGUAGAGAAUGUAAAAUAAAUUCUUAUUCAAACUUGGUGAGGUGCAGAAGUGGCAGCUCGGCAGGCUGCUUGUGUGUGCUGUGCUGUGUUGGGUGGGUGUUGGUGGUGGUGGGGUGGGGGUCACUGGACUCAGACUGUUGGGAACCUGUAGGAGGAUUCUCACUGUGGUCUGACUUUUUUAAAAUGGCUUUUUGUUUUGUUGGAGCUCCACAGAUUAUAAAACACCAAGUUAAAGGUCUUCAAACGGUUUCUAGAAAUCCAAACAAAAUGUAGACUUGAUUGCUAAAAGCUAAUUUAAGGUAGUUGUUAUAAAACACAAAAAGCAGAAGUCAUAAAUGGAUGAAUGUAAUCUCACAUAGUUGUCAUUGUUUUUGUUUUUACUUAUUAUUUGAACUGUUGAACCCUGCUUUGUUUCUGUAGUACCAGGUGUCAGAAUACAGCUGCAGUGUUGUACAAUUAACAAAAACUAACAUGUUCCUGGUGUUUUUGAGACCCUCGAGACAAUUCUGUGACUGUUUUGAGAGAAAAAAAAAGUCGACACUGAUUUAGUUUUUUUGAAUUUUGACUCUGAGCCUCAGAGAGCUCCACAAACACUGAGGACUCACACAUGGAUUGAGACAUCUUCCUUUGCAGACACUGUUCCACAGCAGCUGUGAUGUCAGUGUGUAGUUACAGCUUUGGUUUUAUACACAGGGACCUCCAGCUUUGGUCCAGCAGAGGUUUCAUAAAGUCGUUUCUUGUUCAGAUGAGACUGAUUGGUUGGACAUGGUUUGAACUUCAGAUGGACCAUCUGCUCAGACAGCUGUGUAACACUUGGAGGCCUGAGUCCCACCUGUUAGAGCUUGACCCACCUGAGGGGUUCCUUUUUUUACCACACUUAAAUGAAUUGUUUUACAAAGUGAGUUGUACUCAUUUAUAAAACCCAUUAGAUUCACUGAACUAUGUGAAAGGUUUGUACAUUUUAGAGAGCCAGGUUAGCUACUGUUGUGUUUUCUAUCUAGCAUUAAGGUCAGAUAGUUCUCUCUAAUAUGAGAAUGUGUGUAUGAGAACUUGGCUCAACUAAUCCAAAUUGAGCUGAAAGACAAGAAAUGAUCUUUAAAACUGUGUUGACACAUUGCAGAUAACACCUGUUUGAUUCAAGAAAAACAAGACAUUUUUACCUGAUCAUUUCCCUGUAGUUAAGGUUCAUCAAUGCAUCCAAGCAGCAUUAGAGCCGUUCUGUUCACGUUUGUCCUGUAUCUUCUGGCACAGCUUUAAAUGAAAAUGUGAGGCUUUGCUAGGAUCAGUGUGCUGUCACACAGCGUAAACUAAAGGAAGGAUGAGAAGGUCGUGUCUGCAGCUCAGACUUGACAGCAGACCCAACCCUUAAAGUUUAAACAGGUCGCAGAAAGUUGGACUUGACCUGACUGAACUAAUUCAAUUAAUUUAUAAAGCACCACUUCACAACAGACGUCUCAGAACCACUGUACAAAAAUAUCCACAUUAUAAAAGACAAUUAUAUAAUUAUAAACAAUUAUAUAAGAUUACUACAAGUUAUCUAAGAAAGCCAGCAGAUUGUGUUGAUUCACUUCUUCACAGUCUCCAUCCUGAGCAGCAUGGUGACAGUGGAGAAGAAAAACUGYCUUUAACAGGAAGAACCCUCCAGCAGAACCAGGACAGGCGGCCAUCUGCCUCGGCUGGUUGGGUUCAGAAAGGACAGGAAAGAGACAAACUUCACCCCACACUGGUACAAAAACAUGAUACAUCAGAACGUGCCCAGUUCACCCAGUUCUCCAACUGCUUUAAAGUGUCURUGACAUCAAGUUUUUGUAAGAAA